AUUUCGCUAAAAGAUAACACACACACACACUCAAGUUCCCUACAUGCUAAGUCAGUGUCUCAGGAGCCAUUUUGGAUUUGUCAUCAGGGGGUAAGUUACCCAAACCGGAUACAAGCAUUAAAAAAGAGUUGAGAGUGCUCACUGUGGGCCAAUGGAAAGUGAUUGGAGACGGGUGACUAUGUUAAGUUAGUAAGCAUGGGAGGGGGUUGUCAUGAGACAAGGUGACAGAGGAGAGAGGCAAAAAUACCUGGCAGAAACAGUGAAAGAGGGUGGGUAAAAGGCUACAUGUUCUAGCUCAUUUAUUUUAGUCAAUCUGUGACAGUGGUGUUCAGUGUUAAUGAUUCAUGGAGAGACGAGAAGGAUAGGGAAAGAGGGAGCUGGCGCCACUUGGCCAUGCUCCAAAGAGCCUGCAGAGGGGUAGUUUGAUACAGGGGUGAGGAAAGGACAGAGGAGGACAGAGAUAGAAGGGGGAGAAGGAGAGCGAGAGGGAGAGCAAGAGAGAGAGAGUGCGCACACAGGAAAAGGAAAAUGUAAGAAGACAGGUAAGGCAAAAGAAACAGAGGGCAUAAGACUGUGAACAUGUGACAUGGGGGAGCGGAGAAAUUCCAGAGGUGUUCGGCGAAGGAGCAGCCUUGAAUAAUUCUGACAGUGAACUAAGGAGGUGCCAGUUUGCGUCACUGGAAACUCCUUAAGACAAUUAGAGACUCUUCUCAUCAAAGAAAAAACAGGCACCGUAUUAUUACAGACCAAGCUGCAUGACCUUGACGUCUGAAAGUGGAUGCAAGGUAACCUCAACUAAAACCUCAAAAAAGAAACAGAAAAUGUGGAUAGCUGGCCCCUUCACCAAAAUUCAUUGGGGUUGAGAAGACACGCACUGAAGAGAGGAGGCACUGGACGCUCCGAGAGGACUGGACAAUUCUGAGCUGGUGGCACGUUCAUAAAGAGCUGAAACAGAAACUGCAGCUUUACAUCUUCUAUUGUUCUAUUCCAUAGCAGAAACGUUCAUCGGAGACUUGGAUUUUGGUUUUGUAUUUUUCUUCUACGAAGAUUUAAAGCUAUAAAGAUUUUUAGUUAUAUUGAAACAGCUCAGCUAGUUUAUUAAAACCUAUAUGCAUGGGACAUAUCGCAGUGGAACAAUGACUCCUCUUAAAGGAUGAGAUUUGUUGUCACCAUCGGAAUGUAGAUAUAUUUGAUUAGCACGCAUAUUUGAGCCUGAGGGUCAGUGCACAUAAACAGGACAAAACAAGGACUGCCUCUUCUCAGCUCCAAGGCUAACAGAGCACUGGGGUUUAUCCAUUUACCUGCACACAGGAAAAAGGGAGACAAGAAAGAAGACAGAGAGAGAAGCAGGUCACGCUACACUAACAAAAAAAAAAACCCUCAGAACGAACAAGAGGCAGAAGAUUUUUUUAAACUGCCUUUGUACAGUCCUUUGUUCCAUUCUGGGAUACUAAGUCAUUUGGAGACGCUGUGAUUUUAAAACUGUGGGAGGGUGUGCAUCUGAGAAACGAAAACGCAAGAUAUAAGCACGGAGGAGAGAAGAAGAUGCCCGAGAGCAAGCAGGCAGUCCACCGCACAGGAAGCUACCUCUCCAACUCUGCUUACAGAAAAAUUAAGAGAGUGCUGAGCUUUAGAAGGCGUGUGUUUGGGCAGCGGUUGGAAGAGACGGUGCUGUAUGAGCGUCGGUAUGGAGACCACAUGGCUCCUCUUGUGGUGGAGCAGUGUGUGGACUUCAUCAGGGAGCAGGGGUUGAUGGAAGUCGGGCUCUUCAGGCAACCUGGGCAGGCAACACUUGUCAAAGAGCUGCAGGAAGCUUUUGAUGCUGGUGAAAAACCUUCUUUUGAUAGCAGCACAGAUGUCCACACAGUGGCCUCUCUGCUGAAGCUAUACCUCAGAGAGUUGCCUGAACCAUUAGUACCCUUCUCCUGCUAUCAAGAGUUUCUUAUAUGUGGCAAAAAAAUCACCUCAAACAGGGACCAGGGAUUGCUGGAAUUAAGAAACCUUCUUCAUGAGCUCCCUGUAGCUAAUUUUAAACUGCUGAAGUACAUUUGUCAGUUCUUAAAUGAGGUCCAGUCCUUCUCUAGCACCAAUAAGAUGAGUAUCCAAAACCUAGCAACUGUUUUUGGGCCAAAUAUUCUUCGACCUAAAGCUGAAGACCCUGAAAGUAUAAUUGGGGGUGCAGCUGUGGUGCAGCAUCUGAUGUCAGAGCUGAUCAGAGAGCACAGUGUGCUCUUCUUAAGAGAAAAAAAUCGCAAGGAACCAGGAACCUCCGUACCAGCUUUUGCUUCCACACAUAGACAAGGCAGCCAGGUAGACUGGAUGUACACCAAGCCUACUGCUCAUCUAAGAGAGCCUCAGCUAGGACUGAACAGUGAUCGUGUGCCCCAACCAACUCAGACUUUCAAGCCAUGCUCCCGAAAAUUCUCUCUACCUCUUGUGAAUGAACGAUUUUCUUCCCAAAGUUCUCACACCCCACAUCACCCACCUGAGAUACUGCAGCAAAAAACGGAAGUCUCUUCUCAGACAAGCUCGGCUCUUCUGUAUGAAAACCACAAUCCAUCCCUCUCGACACAGGAGUCUCCUCACUCAGGACUUGUGCCUCUCCCCACCACGCCACCUACUGCCUCCUCCUCAACGAUUACAGUGGCAGAAGAUGGGCACGAGGGCUGUUUGCAGUCUACAAGCUGGCCUGCCCUGGGGCAAUGCGGCUGGGAGACUGAGAGAGCUCUAGGGGACAGUGGGGGGAGCAGUGAAGCCCAGGACAGCACAUUAUCUGUGUAUGACAACAUGGUAACUGGGGAGCAGAUGGAUGACUGUGUAGAAGAAGGGGAAGCUGGCACUGGGAUAGUAGACUUGGAGGGUGGUACUGCUAGAAUGGCUGACAGCACCAGUUCCUGGUCUUCCUGUGAGAUCCUGCUUGGGGAUAGGGGCUCUGGUAGCGGUGGAGCUGCUAGUCCUUGCCACAGCUCUGUACAUUUCCCUUCUUUCAGGUCAGACCUUGGGGAAAGUGACUUACACCCAAACUCCCCUGCUUCUUCCACUGCCCCCACAGAUGCCCCAUUGAGUACAGGUAGCAGUGAGGUCUUUCUUCCAAAUGCUCCUUCAGAUUCACAAGACCCCCCUGCCUCUCAAGCAAUACAGUGCCUCGUGGUUGGCCUACGGCAGCAAAUGGCCAGGCAGAAAGCUGAGUAUGAAGCCAGGAUCAACAGGUUGGAACAGCGUAACGAGGCCCUCCAGGGGCAGGUAGCAGGACUGCGUGCAACUCUGGAGCAACAGCGCCGAUGUGUCAGCGUCGCUGAAAUCAAGAUGAGGAACACGGAACGAGCAAGGGCUGAUGCAGACCGACGAAAUGCUACACUACAAAGAGAAAUGGAGCAGUUCUUUGACACGUUUGGAGAGCUAAACUCUGAGGCUCGGAAAACAGAGCGCAUCAUUCAAAGCUUCUGAGACUCCCAAUCUCUCAAUGCUUCCAUACUGAGACUGAAUUUGGUUACACCUAAAAUAUCUCUCUGGCAUGUACAAACGUUAAAAGCCUACUGGACCAAGCGGGGGGAAAAAAAGGAUCCAAGCAUUGAAAAAGAAGACACGCAUGUCUGAAAAAUGCCUUUUGCCACACAGCUAAACAAAGACAAUGAAAUGACCCAAAAGUGGUGGUAGGAAGUGUUAGCAAGCAUGGUAUUAUAAAAUACACAAGAAAGAGUCAAUUCUUAUAAAGUAUUGAGUGUAACAUCUUAAACUUUGAUGUAUGAAUGAACUCCAUAACUAAUGUUGGGUGAUUCAAGUGAAAAUAAAAUCAAAUUAAGAACAAUUGUAUUUACAAACUUUAAUAAACAGUCACACAGGUCUGUAUAGAAAAUACU